CCACUCUUGAAUGGGGUGGUCAGAUAAAGCAGUAUUAUACCACCAAUACUCACUGGUGAUUAUACUAUUGACCAUAUUUGGUUAAUGUUUAAUAUUUAACUUUGCUGUGCAAUCUACUUCCUUGAAAAUGGGCUUCUGAGCUACAAAGGCAACAUAUUAUUUCGAGACAACUUAUCUAACAUAUAAGAAUUUAUGAAUUUGUGUGUGUGCUAGAUUGAAAAAAACAACUCUUAAAUAAUUCGAAUAAUUCAGCCUUGAGUCUUACAUUUAUGUCCCGCCCCACAAAUAGAGGGCUGGACUUGUUGACAUUGGACCGCCUUGGUAGAGAUAAACAGCAUACUUUAUAGACGAAAACUUGUUCGAGAGGUUCAUUUGGAGUUCAAGAAAAUGGCAAAAAAUAUUAAAAGGUUUUACGACCUGACAGCUAAGCUGCUGUCCGGAGAAACGCUCAGUUUCUCUGCACUCAAGGGGAAAGUUGUUCUCAUUGAAAAUGUGGCGUCGCUUUGAGGAACAACAACCAGGGACUACACUCAGAUGAACGAGCUUCACAGUCGUUACUCCGGCACAGGGCUCGUUAUCCUGGGUGUGCCCUGCAAUCAGUUUGGACAUCAGGAGAACUGCAAGAGUGAUGAAAUCCUCAAGUCUCUGAAGUAUAUCCGCCCAGGAAAUGGCUUUGAACCAAAGUUCCAGCUCCUUGAUAAAGUUGAAGUGAAUGGUUCGGAUGCCCACCCCUUGUUUGUCUAUCUGAAGGACAAGCUCCCAUUCCCCUCUGACAAUGCAAUGGCUCUUAUGAAUGAUCCAAAGUCCAUCAUCUGGAGUCCUGUCUGUAGAAAUGAUGUCUCCUGGAACUUUGAGAAGUUCCUUAUUAGUCCUGAUGGAGACCCAUUCAAACGCUACAGCAGAAACUUCCUAACAUCUGACAUUGAGGCCGAUAUUAAAGAGCUACUCAAGAGGGUCAAAUAAGGUGUUACAAAAUGCGGGUGACUGUAGAGAAUGCCAGUUAUGACCAGCCUGGCUAAAAAGAUAAUCAGCCCACAUCUGUUUUUGUAUUAUCAUUUGCUUCCACCUUGUAAGAUGAUAGCAAUACUCCAGUAUUUGUGAUAACUUCAGUGCUCUACACUUGGUUGUUCAGCAUAUUUGCUUAAUGAAGACACUCCUUGAAACCAUGUUGUGGGAGAGGGGUUUCUGAUGCUGAUGUAAAUGCCUGACUCAACUGUGUAUGACUUUUAUCCUAUCACAAAUAUAAGGAUGGACUUAGAGAUGAGAAAUAAAAAAAUCACUCAUUUGA